AUGGAGUGGUUCGGCCAAGCUGAGAUCAACUUCACCCAUGCGCCGUCCCCCCGGACAGUCCGCGACAAGGACGGCGUCGAGACCGACCUGCUCAAGAUCUGCGAGCAGGCCACGCCGCCCUGCCGCCUCAACCCGCUGCUGUUCAAUGGCCACCUGCAGACCAUGUGGACGGCCACGCGCCCGCCGGGCCCCAAGGUCUACUACAAGCGCAAAAUCUUCGAGGCCGACCACGAGAUGUAUCACGGCACCUUUGCCGUCGACUUUGUCGUCGACCCUUUUGAAGGCGAGGACCCCACCUUGUGCCGCCGCACCGCCUACUACACCGACGAAGAGCUGCAGAACAUGGGAUCUGACGACACCAAACCCAUGUUGGUCGUGCUGCAUGGACUCUCGGGCGGUUCGCACGAGGUCUACCUACGACAUGCCGUUGCGCCAUUGAUUGGCGAGGGCGGUUGGGAGGCCUGUGUGGUUAACUUUCGAGGAUGCGCGCGGAGCAAGAUCACCAGCGGUGUGCUCUACAACGCACGCGCGACGUGGGAUGUUCGGCAGACUGUGAAGUGGUUGACGGAGAAAUACCCCAACCGCCCACUCUUUGGAAUAGGAUUCUCCCUGGGAGCUAACAUGCUCACCAACUACUGUGGCGAGGAGGGCGCCAACUGCGUGCUGAAAGGUGCCGUCGCCUGUUCAAACCCCUUCAACCUCGAGGUCUCUAGCAAAAUUCUUCAGAACAGCUAUGUUGGUAAAGAAGUUUACCUACGCAUCAUGGGCAGCUCUCUGAAGGACUUGGCGCGCAGACACAGAGAGGAGCUGGAGAAGUACAGCAAGGUCGAUGUCGAGUCCGUCCUAGAAAUCACCUAUCUGAACGAGUUUGACCGGCUCAUCCAGUGCCCAACUUGGGGGUAUCCAACCGAGUACGCCUACUACCGUGAUGCGUCGUCCACUGACGCCGUUCUCUCCAUCCAAAUUCCCUUCCUUGCCAUCAACUCCACCGACGAUCCUAUUGCCAUCAAGGAGGCCAUCCCCUUUGAAGAGUUCGAGCUGAACCCCAACACCGUCCUCCUGACCACUUCGCUGGGCGGUCACCUCUGUUGGUUUGAGAUUGGCGGUGGUCGGUGGUUUGCCCGCCCGGUGGCCAACUUUUUGAACCAUCUGGCCUUUAAAACGGAUCUCGACAGUCUGGCGCCGAAGCCGGGAGCGGCUGACAGCAGCGCGGCAUCCGAAGGGCACGGGUAUGUGCCGAUGCGGCGGAAGAUGAUGAUUAUGCAGGAGUAA